AUGGUCAGAGGAAGUGCACGAAUUAAAGCUGGUGGUAUGAAUAUGGGACAGGACGGUCCACAAAUUAUCAAACCAUUAGCUUUAAAUAUGAGUUUGUUCCAAUUUUUAAGAAGUGGUUAUUUUGAAAAAGACUUAUUAACUUAUUGUGCUAAUCGUCUUGCUGAAUAUUCAUGUACAUAUUGGCUUGAUCCGACAGUGAAUGGAAAUAGUUAUUCAAUGGAUUCGAAUUUGGCGUUUAUGACAACAACAACCACUACCUCAAUGGAAACACAAUUCAACACAAAGUAUCCAAAUUAUUUGAUCAAUCAAACAUCAAUGGAGAAUUUGACAAGUUUAAAAACUGUGAAAUUUAUGAAUCACACUGAUGAAUUAAGUGAAUUAUUUAUUGGCCCAUUAAAUAUACACAAGUUGGUACAAUCGAAAGACGGCGAUGCAUUGACUACAUUAAGAAAUAGUAGGAUAUCAAAUAAUCAAUUACUUAGUCGAUUAACAAUACCAUUAAUUCUGUGUGGAUCACUAUUGAAUUUCAUGUUAACCAGUACAACACUACGUAUAUCAUGUAGACAAAUACCAUGGACAAUAUUUUUAUUCUAUCUCAUUAUAUUGGAUCAAUGCGAUUUAAUUAUCAAUGCAAUUGAUAUUUUCAUUGAAUCAUAUCAUGAAAUACGUUUAUUGAUAGCAUUACAAUUUCUUGGACGUUUCUAUUGUCAAAUAAUACCAAUGUGUUAUAAUUUAACUAAACAUAUACAUUCAAUGUUAUUUGUAGUUUUUACAAUUGAAACAUUGAAAUCAUGUUUAUAUCCAUUGAGACAAUUGAAUGUAUCAUUGAAAAAAUCCAAACAAAUUGCACGGAAUAUAUUGAUUUUAAUUUUUGUAAUAACAAUUACAUUAAAUUGUCAAUUUAUAUGGACAUUUGAUUUAUCACGGCUAGAUACAUUUGUUUUGCACGAACGUAUUGUCAAUAGUAUUUACAAGUGUGAUUUUGCUUCAACAUGGAUAUUAAGUCCAAUUUUUUUAAAUUAUAUCUGGCCAUUAUUAGAUCAUUUAAUUGGGGAUUUAUUUCCAUGUAUUAUUUGUUUAUCUAGUGGAAUAAUUGGUUAUACAUUGUAUAGACUACAAAUCAUAAAAUGUCAGAAUGACAUUAAACAUAUUUUAAAUCAUACUAAUCGUCAAGAAACUGUCUUCUUCAAUGAUAAUCACAAUGAACAAAGAUAUAAUAAAAAUUAUUGUUUUUCAUAUCAUAAAUGGAUUAUGAAAAUUAUUCGAGGAUUUGUUUUAUUUUGUUUAGUUCAUGGAUUAUUUUUAAUACCACGAUGUUUAUAUUAUUUGUUGAAAUAUUUCUUUUUCAUAAGUAGACUCAUAAAUCGUAACAAUGUACAUAAUCACGAAAUGGAUGACAUUCAUAGUCAAACAGAUCAAAGUGUAGAGAAUACUAUCAUUCAUGUUAUGGAAUUAUUGAGACCAUAUGAAAUUUAUUUGGAAAACUAUGAAUCGGUUUUACGUUGUACAAAUUUUAUUGAAAUCAACAUACGUGGUGUCAUUCUAUUAUUCGGUGUAGAAGAAUUCAAAUCAAAUCUUUACACUUAUUUAUCUACAAUGAAGCAUUAUUAUAAACGAUUAUCAUUGUGCAGUUUACGUAAUAGAUUUUCCAUGCAAAAUACAAAAUUUCCAUAUAUAAGUUGGAGAAAAAAUGUAUAUAUUGCAAAUUCUGAUCAAAAACUUAAAUCCAUUUACAGAACUACUAUUGAUUUAGCGUUGAAUCAUAAAAAACUUAACGAGAAUACAAUUGAACUAUCAGAAUAUUUGACUAAAAUCAAACACAAAUCUAAUAAUAUCAGUAAUAAUAGCAAUAAACAGAAAAAUCAAACACAUCAUUUUAUAGAAAGUACAACUGUAAUGAAUUCACAAACCUCUUUAAUUACUGAUACCCAAUUUAAUGACACUAUUGACAAGCAUAAAAAUAAUGAGCCAGAUAUGACAAAAGUUGAAAUAUGCACAACUAACGCAAUUAAUUCAAAAUCGAAUUUGUAUAAUUGUAAAAAGCACAAAUCAAAUUCGACAAAUUAUAACUUGAAUGAUUCUUCUAGUUCUGAAAAAUUAAUAGGAAAAUAUCAUAUUUUUUAUUUGUGA